AUUCUCCUUCCCAUCUCUAGAAUCUGCUCAUCGGAGAGCGUCGCCGUCCGUCUUCGCGUCCUCUGCUGCUUGUACGUUAUCCGUCAUGGCCCCUCAGCUCAAUGUCAAGGGUAGCGACUCCGGCACGGCUCGCGUACUUGGUUCAGGAGCAUCAGGAAUUGCUGAGCUGCUGGUGUUUCAUCCGGUGGAUACCGUCGCGAAGCGCUUGAUGAGCAACAAGUCCAAAGUUUCCUCGUCUACCCUAUCGUCCAUCAUCUUCAAGGAGUAUGCGACUGCCCCUCUAGGUCGCAAGCUUCUCUCCCUCUUCCCUGGUCUUGGCUACGCUGCCGGCUACAAAGUCACCCAGCGUAUAUACAAGUACGGAGGACAGCCAUGGUUCUCUGACAUCCUCGGGAAGAAUUACAAGGAGAGCUUCACGAACACCUUUGGCGAGCGUAAGGGAAAGAUGGUGUUGCAGGCAACGGCCGGAAGUCUGACUGGUAUCGGCGAAGUCGUCUUGCUUCCGCUUGACGCGCUCAAGAUCAAGCGUCAAGUGAAUCCCGAAGCGUUUCGUGGACGUGGCGUGAUUCGGAUAUUCCUCGAGGAAGGUACCACUCUUUACCGCGGCUGGGGUUGGACAAUCGCGCGUAACGCACCAGGAAGUUUCGCGCUCUUUGGUGCGUCCGCAGUGACGAAGGAGUAUCUGUUCGGCAUCCAGGACUAUCACAAGGCAACUUGGGGACAGAACUUCGUUGCUUCCAUCGCGGGUGCUGUUGCGUCCAUCACUGUCGCUGCGCCCCUGGAUACUGUCAAGACGCGUAUUCAAAACGCGAAUUUUGAGAGCAAAGUCUCCGGUGUUACAGUGAUCAAGGACUUAAUCAAGAACGAGGGUCCGACAGCGCUUUUCAAAGGUCUCACGCCCAAGAUUUUGGUUGUAGGCCCGAAGCUCGUGUUUAGUUACACCCUUGCUCAGUCGCUCAUCCCUUGGUUCUCCAAGUAUGUAUAAGCGAUGUGGUCGUUGGCGACACAUACCGACGAGCUACGUAUUGAUAUUGUCAUGUAAUGCUUGUCUGCUGCUGCUAUUGUUGCUGCCACAUGCUAUCCUCUCACACGCCUUACGACAUAGACGCGCUCAUGUUAGACGAGCAUAAAAGUAGUGCUCUACCUCUCCGCUCAUUGUGUUCAUAAGGUCACCUAAUAGAUUGCUUUGACGGUUCCA